AUGGACGCCGACGACGGUAGCCGUGCCACCCCGCCACUGGACGCCGCGGCCGCCGCCUUCAAGUCCCAAGUCAUGGAGCUGCAGGACCUCGUCCUCGCUCGCAGCAUGUUCCCGGCCACGGCGCUGCCCGAACUCGCCAACGUGGACGCAUUGGUGACUGCGAUGGAGUCGCAGGUGGAAACCAUCCGCCGCCGCCUUCAGGAGGAGCUUGACGCCAUCCCCAAGGCCAAGAAGCUAGUCCAGCGGUCCUUGAAGGAGGAAGAGAAGCUGCAGCACAUACUUGCGAACUUACCUUCUGGAAUGCGCAAGGAUGCUUUUGCUACUCAGCUUGAACAGAGCUCAUCAAGGAUGCUGCCUCGUUUUGACUCUUCUUUUACUGAAGCUAAUGAAUGUGAUGUGAAGAUUAAGGAUGAGCCAGUUGCAGCUCCUAGGAAGGGAAGAGCACCUGCACCUCGUUGGUAUAUCUCAUCCGAGGAGCUUGAUUCGCUCUCAUCGUACAUGAGGGGAAGACUGACUUUGGAAAAGGUUAAUAUCGCAAUAAAUGAAGUGGCUUCAUAUGCAGAGGCCAAUGCUCAUCUUGUUACAUGCCCUAAGAAAAAGUUGUCAGAAGAUACAUGGGAUAAAGCUUUGAUCAUAUAA